ACACUGACUGACGUCAGAGCAGCUGCGCUCAACACCACUGGGACAACCAGAAAUACAGACUGUAAGCUGAACGUCGAGUUGGAGUGAGUGAGAAGUUGAACUACAUUUACACACCCGAGGAUUUAAGCCUCAUCUGACGUUUCAUCAUGGCCGAGAUGGCCGACAGUCAGUUUUCUCUGAUGAGUCUGGAGGAUGAACUGACCUGCAGCAUCUGUCUGAGUCCCUUUGACUGUCCGGUGACCAUCCCCUGCGGACACAACUUCUGCCAGGACUGCCUGCUCGCCACCUGGAAGGACUCGUACAGCUGUCCUCAGUGUCGGACCCACUUCGCCACCAAACCGGAGCUGAAGAAAAACACGGUCCUCAGCACCGUUGUGGAGACUUUCAACUUGAGGUCGAGCAAGAGCGAGGCCGGCCUGAAAGAAACGUCAGAGGAGAGCAAUGAAGCCGCGAAACAGAAUUCCAUACGUUGUGAUGCAUGUAUGGAAGCAGAAGCGUCCCAGACCUGCCUCACCUGCAUGGCUUCUUUCUGCGAGGAGCACCUGCGGCCUCACCGGGAAAACCCAGUCUUUCGUCUCCACCAACUGAUUGAGCCUGUCGGCGACCUGUCGGAGCGUAUCUGCCCGGACCACCACAAGCUGAUGGAGCUCUUCUGCAGCCAACAUGGCCGCCCAAUCUGCAGCCUCUGCCUCCAGCAGGUCCACAAAGGAUGCUCCUUCAUUUCUCCAGAGGAGCAGAGGAACCUGAAAGAGUCCGACCUGAGGGGCAAGUUAAGUUUGCUGGACGCGAAGAUUACGAAGAAUGAGAAUGUUUUAUCUCUAAUGGGUGACAUGCAGGACAAGCUAAAGGACUCAGCGACCAACAGGAAGGCUGCUUUGACAGCUGAGUAUCAGCAGAUGCGCGAUAUGUUGGCUCGAGAGGAGCGUGAGGCUCUAAUCGCAGUGGACCGCGAGCUGGAGGGUGGUCAGACCAAACUCAAGGGUCUCGCGAAGAAGUUCACCGACAACGUUGACACUUUGAGCAAAGCUAGAGAAGAUAUCCACAGUCUGCUGAGUCAGUCCCAAACUCUGGCCUUCCUACAGGCUUCGUUUAACCUGCCCCCGGCCGUCACCUUUGAACCUCACGCCCCUCGAAUCAACCUGGACUCCAAGAAGGUGACGGCAACACAGGCCUUCUCUGCUGCCCUGAAGGAGCAUCUGACAGACCUCCUGAAACAGCCGGUUGAUGCCAGACUGCUGAAACUUAAACCAGAACUUAAAUCUGGCAUUGUUGCGCCUGAUGAGAAAGCAGAUCCGGGCUCGGCACCCGCAAGUUCUGGAAGUACUGGAUCUCAGCCGAAAUCUGAAGAACCCAAGCCGCAAAAGCAGAAAAAAGCGCCCAGGUCCCACAGUCCAGGUCGUCCACCCGUCCAGCCAUUAUUCCAGCCAGUUCCUGGACCUGGUUUUGUGGGGCCACAUGGGAACUUCUAUCGACCCCAGCAUCCACCUGGCCCUUUCAGGGGUUCUCAAUUUAUGGCAGGACAAAGGCCAGGAGCUUAUCGGGGAUUUCCACCUUUCAACCCUUCCCAGGAAACUGAGCUGAUGUGGACAGAUCAAGGUUUUCAACCCAAAGCAAGCACAAAGAAGAAACCUCAAAAACAAAAACCUCCCCAAGCCAAAGAGGACAACAUGGGAAAAAAGGAUCAAGCCCGUUCAAUGGAAAACCUGUUGGAGUUCGGUGGGAACGACGAACCCAGAGGCUGUAGUCCUACAGCUGAAUCCAAAAAGCAACCAGAAACGUCGGACAUUCCCCCAAACAUAACAUCUGCUGAGAAAAGAACUGAACUUCUGAAAUAUGGCACGAUACUCACUUUGGAUCCAAAGACGGCCCACAAACGCAUCGCGCUGAGCGAGGGCUUCACUAAGGCCUCUGUGUCAGACGAGCACGCAAACUACCCCGACUGCCCCGAACGCUUCGCCGUCUGCUCCCAGGUGCUCGCCUCCAAGGGCUUCUCUAGAGGCCGCCACUACUGGGAAGUCCGGCUGAGCAGCAGCAACUUCAUUGGCGUAGGCUUGGCCUACAGCAGCAUUGACCGCAAAGGUCCCACCAGUCGACUGGGCCGCAACGCCCAGUCCUGGUGCGUGGAGUGGUUUAACGUCAAGCUGUCGGCUUGGUACAACAGCAGUGAGACCGUGCUGGUCAAUCCCAAUCCAAAGCGCAUAGGCGUGCUGUUGGAUUGUGACGAGGGCACUGCUACGUUCUAUAACGUGGCCGACCGGGCAUACCCCUUCCACUCCUUUGUGUUCCCGUUUGCUGAAGCUGUGUAUCCGGCUUUCUGGAUUUUCUCAAGUGGCUCGUCCAUUUCUUUGUGCAAGUUGCAGGCAUGAGAAGCAUAUGCAAUUUAAUGGCAUAUGCAGACACACACACACACACACACACACACACACACACAUAUAUAUAUAUAUAUAUAUAUAUAUAUAUAUAUAUUUGUUCUAAUUGCAAUUUAUGGCAUUUUGUGCUGUUGGAAUGGGUCAGGUGAACCAAUGAUUAUGCCCACUAUUAGUGCUUACUUAGUGCCCCUCUGUUAGUUCUGCUUUAAACCAAGAAAAUGAAGGAAUAUAUGGUGGUGGUUGAUCUGCCCAGCCUGAGAAUAUUAGUCCACAGACAGCUUUAAGCAUCACAACUGAACUGGAUGUCAAGAGUUAAUAGCAUGUCAUAGCUACUGUAAGUCCCUAGCUGUUGUCGUUAGCUGUGCUAGCUGUGAUUCACAGCCGCUGAAUUUGUGGUUGUGAGACAAACAAAAACAAGCUGGCUUUACAACACAGGAAGAGCAAUAUAUUCUGUGUUUUCAAGCCUACAAACGGCAUCCCAAGUGCUUGGGACGCAACUAUGAGUUCCAAGCACUUCAUAAUAAGUAUUUAAAAACAAGAUUAAAAAAAGUGGUUUUAAAGGCUAUAUUAUAUAUCUUGUAUGCAGUAGGAAUAAAAACCCUAAUGCUGUUUGAUGGCAAAAGAUGAGCAGCAUCAAUGAUCUGCUACUUUUUUUCCCCUCAAACUUAACUGAAACGGAUGCGAAACGUAUACAGCAAGUAGUUAACAAUAUAACUCAGUCCCUUUCAGCCAGUUGCCUUGAUGGCCUGAAGCUGGGAGGAGCGGUAGCUGGGUUAUCUUGUGUUGGUUUCAAGUUUCAGAGAUUUGAUCUACUUCCUCCUUUACUAGGAUUAUAACAACACACACAGAGCACACCGUACACUUACCGUACAGCGUGUGUGUGCAAGUGUGUCUCCUGUAUUGCGAAUGUGACUGGAAAAAAAAGUGAUUUAAUUACAUCACUCUCCAGCAUAUGUCAGUACAGUGUUUUCAUGUGACAUCUGCAUGUGAAAGAUGUAUUGUUUUGGAGUGCAGCUCUUAAGGUUAUAGGGCUGGGUGAUAUGGCAAAAGGUUAAGAUAUUUUCAAAUCACGUCAUUAUACGAGUCAUUUCUGGUGACCUUAAAGAUUUCCUAUGUUCCUUAGAUCUUUCCAGUUUUUGAAACCAAAACAACACUAAAAGAUUGCCCAGUGAUUGGCUAGAAAUAGACAGAGGGUUCCUGUGAUGUGAUUGGCUGUUCAUGUGCAUAAGCAGUGUAUACCCAAUGGACAGACAAACUUUGUUCAUCAAGAUAAGAUAAGAAAAGAAAUUGUCCGUAUCACCCAGCCCUACAUCUUUACUUCCUGAACUCUUUGACUGAUUCAGCUGAUGACAAGAGAAGUCCUAUAGACUCUGUUUCAUCACUUUCCGACAGUCUCUCUUUUUGUUAUUUUUAUGAUAUUGUGCCAUUUUUAUUGGUGGAGUUUGAGCCAGGAAGUAAUUGGUAGAGAGAGAGAGAGAGAACAUGCAGCAAUGGUCCUUGGCCAAAUUUGAACCCGGGAUGCGAUGUUUGCAUGGUGUGCUCCAAAUGCUAUAAUGUCACAUCUAUGGGAGGCACAAUAAACCAACAAGCCAACAGAGUGGCUCGGUUGGCUUUUUGUAAGGUGGUAGGAAGGUA